UUGCGGGGGCCGCGACCCACUCCUCGUGCGGAGGGGCGCCUCUGCCGCCGGAACGAGGCCCUCUCGACGCUGAGGCGGGCCUCUCCCGACGCGGGGCCAGCCCCUCGGAGCCCGGGACCGCCCCCUCCCCCCCGGGGUGCGGCCUGCAUCCUCCGGGCGUCCACUUGGUGCUUCUCGCUCCCCGCGGAAGGGCUCCGGGCCCCGCCCGCCCCUCGAGGGCGCCCUCCUCCUUCUGGACGCCUUGGGAGGCCGCCCCGGCCCCGCGCCUCGUCCCGCGGCGCCUACGGCCGGGCCCUGUGUCGGAGGGAGGCCGUGGGCCCCGCCGCCCCUCACGCCCCGUCCGUCCGCCAGCCGCCGUUUUGUUGGGGAGUGGUCGUUCUAGUUAUUUGCCCAGAAACAGAUGUUUGCCUUAGAACCCUUGUCACCAUCCCUCACUUCCCCUCCGGCAGAGCUGGUGUGUCUCCCCGCCGUGCGGGGAGCGGAUGGCGGACGUUGCACACACAUUCGGCGGUCACGGCAACCUUCUGAGCCGGUCCUUUGUCGCCUCGGUCCCCAGGAGCAGGAGCUGUAGCGGCGCCGGAGCGCCCGACUCAGCCCGCGGAGCGCGCUCGCACACAAAAAGAUGCCACGGAGAAAGAAAAAAGUUAAAGAAGCCUCUGAAGCUCAGAACCUGGAGAAGAAAGAUGCAGAAACUACCAGUUCUGUCACUGUGAAGAGGAAGCGUAGACUUGAGGAUGCAUUCAUUGUGAUAUCUGAUAGUGAUGGAGAGGAACCAAAGGAGGAGAAUGGACUGCAGAAAAUGAAGACAAAACAGUCAAAUAGAGCUAAGUGUCUGGCUAAAAGAAAAAUUGCACAAAUGACAGAAGAAGAACAGUUUGCUCUGGCUCUCAAAAUGAGUGAGCAGGAAGCUAGGGAAGUGAAUAGCCAGGAGGAGGAAGAAGAGGAGCUCUUGAGGAAAGCCAUUGCGGAAAGCCUGAAUAGUUGCCGGCCUUCUGAUGCUUCUGCUACAAGAUCUCGACCUGUGGCCACUGGACCAUCUUCACAGUCCCACCAAGAGAAAACCACAGACUCUGGGACCACUGAAGGCAUAUGGCAGCUGGUACCUCCAUCACUGUUUAAAGGCUCACUUAUCAGUCAGGGAAACGAGGCUGAGGAAAGAGAGGAGCCUUGGGACCACACUGAAAACACUGAAGAGGAGCCGGUCUCUGGCAGCUCAGGAAGCUGGGACCAGUCAAGCCAGCCAGUGUUUGAGAAUGAGAACGUUAAAUGUUUUGACAGAUGUACUGGCCGCUUGGCUGAGCGCACACAGUGUGGGAAGCCACAGGAAAGUACUGGGAGGGGUUGUGCUUUUCACAAAGCUGCCCAGGGUAGGGGGGACACAUCUAGGCACUGCCUGCCUACCCCAGCAGAUGCCAAAGGUCUCCAGGACAUUGGGGGCACUGUGCACUACUUCUGGGGUAUUCCAUUCUGCCCUGCUGGAGUAGACCCUAACCAGUAUACCAAGGUCAUUCUCUGCCAGUUGGAAGUUUAUCAAAAGAGCCUGAAAAUGGCUCAGAGGCAGCUCUUUAAAAAAAGAGAGUUUGGGGAACCAGUGUUACCUAGACCUCCUUCUCUGAUCCAGAAUGAAUGUGGCCAAGGAGAUCAGGCUAGUGAAAAAAAUGAAGGCAUCUCAGAAGAUAUGGGAGAUGAAGACAAAGAGGAGAGGCAGGAGUCUAGGGCAUCUGUCUGGCACUCAAAAACCAAGGAUUUCCAAGAAAGCCCAAUUAAAAGCUUGAAAGAGAAACUUUUGUUGGAGGAAGAACCAACAACCAGUCAUGGUCAGUCUUCCCAAGGGCUAUUUGUUGAAGAAACUUCUGAAGAAGGAAACUCUGUACCUGCCUCACAAAGCAUUACUGUUUUCAUCAGCAAGAGAAGCUCAAUCCUUAUGCCAGAGAGUUCUGCAGAAGAAAUCACCGUGUGUCCUGAGACACAGCUAAGUUCCCCUGAAAUUUUUGACCUUGAAAGAGAAGUCUCUGCAGGUAGCAGAGAGACCCUGGAUGCAUUAAUAAUGUCAGAUAAGGAGGUUGGUAACAGGGAAGACACUGAGAAGGAAAUACCUACUUCUACCUUCUCAUCCACUACCCGGAUAUCCUGCCCAGUAUGUGGCCAAGGCUUUCCCCGCUCAAAGAUCGAGCAACAUGCCAUGUACUGCAAUGGGCCAAUGGGGCAAGAUUCAGUGCUGACACGGAGACAAAGAGAGGCCAAGAGCAAGAGUAAGAGCAAGAGUGGGACAGCCGCCCAGACUUUCCUAGACAUUGACAAGAAUGAGAAGUGUUACCUCUGUAAAUCCCUGAUCCCACUGAGAGAGUACCAGUGUCACGUAGAGUCCUGUCUCCAGCUUGCAAGGGGUGACCAAGGAGAUGGGCCUGAAGAGAGUGGGAGAGUAUGCUCAACUGUGGAGGGGAAGCAGCAGCAGCAGCGGAGGAACCCAAAGGAAAAAGGUUGCAGAGAAGGCCGACUCCUUAGUCUCUUGGAACAAACCGAGCACAAGACUGCAGUGGCUGUUGUUAACAUUCCCUGGAUGCAGAUGGAAGAGGAUCUUUGGCUUAAGCCUGAUGCAGAGAUAAAGACUAAGUCUUCAGAAAUAGGAGCCUUCAGGUUGCCCUCACCAGGGAUGGAAGAGGCAGGCUGCAGCAGAGAGAUGCAGAGUUCCCUUGCACAUCUUGACUUAAAUGAGUCUCCCAUCAAGUCUUUUGUUUCCAUUUCAGAAGCCACAGAUUGUUUAGUAGACUUCAAAAAGCAACUUACUGUCCGACCAGUUAGCCGGACACGGACCAAAGCAGGCAGAGGAAGAAGGAGAAAAUCUUGAAUUUCUAGAGUCCACAGGUUGACAGAUCCAUUAGCAGUAGGGAUAGGCCAUGUUCAUUAAGCCUUAAUGGCCUCCAGUUCACUGUUGAGUAAGUUUUGGCCCUGCGAUUUUCACCACCAGCACCUACUCAGCAUUCUGGUUUUUAUGUUUUCUAUGAGCUAUACAGACAACUGUGUAUAGUAUUCUGUUUUAUACCAGUCUGUUUGAAUUCGCUUAUAGUUAAAAGAAAAUUUAAAUAUAUUUAUCUAUGUUUGUAUGAAAUUUUAUUUCAACAAGAUGGAGAUUUUCCUUUUUUUCACUCUGUGUUACGGGGUUAGGGGUGGAGAUAUUUUAAUUGCGGAGCUAGUUCUCAGAGUCAUAAAUUACAUGUUUCCAAAUGAAUUCCA